AAACCAUAGAUCAUUCGAAGCUUCAAUGCCGGAAUACCGCAGCCAAGAGAAGCCGGAUGUGGUGGCGAUAUUGGCUACAUCACAGCGAAUCGAGUUUGAGAGAUGCCUUGCGGAAAUCAAAGGACGAAAUGGAGGUAACAGAUCCGACACGAUGGGAGUGCUCCAGCGUCUAGCUAGCGAAGCCGAAGACGCCAGCAGCAUUCUAUUAAGUCUUCAGGCAGAGAAUAUCGGGGGCUCAUAUGACAUGAUACAUCGUAUGCUAGCACAGCAGACUCUACUGAUCAAGACGCAGCUUCUGGAGGUUGCGGGAGAGAUGGGGAAACCGUUCCUACCGACGCCAAUGUCUAAUCCACGGUUGGCGCAACAAUCGAUGAUCCAGCAGCAGCAGCAGCAGCAGCAGCAGCAACAGACACGGCAGCAGGAGGAGGAAGACGAACACCAAAAACCGCCGUCCCCUUUACCAAGACCUCCUAGGCUGCCGAAAGUAAAACUACAAUUCAAUCAGCUCCCCUCAUCUAGACAGCUUUCUGACACUACGCCGACGCUUGACACGAUGGACCGGUCUCAACCCUCUGAGAAGCAGAAGUCCCCGAUCCGUGAGAUCAAGGGAUUCCCUCCUCGGAUCACUAGAAGGCGGCGUCGUGUUCGACAACAAGCGCCGGCAGAAAGUGGCGGAAGAAAAGACCAUGGGCCAACUAGGCCAAGGGGAACGUAUCAAGGAGGGAGUGUCCGUCGUCAUGAUCAGGCUAGUUGGACGAAUGACCUCGACUCUAGGGCGGAGAGUAAGGACGAGGGCGAGACAAAGAUGGAGGUGGAAAGGGGAAAGGGAAGUAAGACAGGAGACGAAGGGCAAGGGGGAGAAACUCGCGGGAGGAAGAGGUCCGCAGAUAACGACUUGUCCCCAUUGACUAUCAAGAAACCUCGCUCUGAGCCUCAGGGCGGGAAGAACGGUGGUAGCCCAGGGCGCCUCAAAAGGUUCCUAAGCUCCCUUAACCCCUUUCGGAGAAGACGAACUAAGUCUCAGGAAAGCAGAGACGCCGAACCAACCGCCGUUGUACCGAGCGUACCAGACUCGCCGAAGCCAGUGGGGUGCUACAUCUUCCCGGAGGCCCUCAACCCAAGACACUUAUUCGGCACCGGAAAAGAGGACCAGAGGGCCCUGCACUACCGCGACGCCAUCGAAGAACUCAUCCAGCUUGUCGAAGACGCGCCGCACGCAAUCACGUCCGACGACCCCCUCAUGCGCGAGUACCACGCAAGACAAUUCAAAGAAAUCCAGACCGUCCUACGCAAGAUCCCUUCCAAGGCCAUAUCGAAGAAGAUGAUUGACGACAAGCUCCUGGCGAUCCGGACGGAGGAGAAGGCGAUUCAGGAGGGGAAAAUUCCACAUUUAAGGGGGAAGAAGGCGAGGGCGGAGCGUGAACUGCAGCUAGUGCAGGAGAAAGAGGUUCUGCACCUUCGACUAUGGGCCUGCAAUGAGCUGAAUGACAAGAUUUUUGCGUUUGGGGAAGUGGGGGCGGCGAUUUUUGCGAAUUGGAUCGUGGAGAUGAAGUUGCGCGUCGAGGGGGAGCUCGAGUUCGCGGAGAGGGCGCUGAUGAUGCCGUAUCUCGGCGGGGUUCAGGAAGAUGGUCGGGAGUUCUAUUGUGUUUGAAGAAGAGUGGAAAGUUGGGUUUAUGGUUUAUAGAGGACUUGGAAAGAGGGGGAAGGCAUAUAUACUAGAGACGAUGUGCUUCUUGUCAGGUAGGUUAACUGAGAU